AUGACUUAUACAGCUACAGGAGAGAUGGCCAUGGAAUCUCGUUCAGCCAUUCUGACACAUCCACAAACCUCCAGAGCUGCCAAGGACUGGACACGAGUGUGGGAAAGGAGCAUUGCUGCGAAGGACUUGCCAUUGUUGGAGUCAGCAAAAACUGUUCUAAGUGAACAACGAAAGCAAAUGCUCCAAAAAUACAAAGAAGAAAAGCAACUUCAAAAAUUAAAAGAACAGAGAGAGAAAACUAAACGAGGAAUAUUUAAAAUGGGUCUUUAUAGACCUGAUGCACCUUGCUUUCUUUUAUCAAAUCCAAAUGCUAUGAAAACUGAGCCAAAAAAGGCUAUUCCAUCUUCUGCACGGAUUACAAGAUCAAAGGCCAAGGAACAAAUUGAACAAACUAAGAUUGAGAAUGGGAUUGAUGUUCGAGCAAUUCGACCUGGUCAAAGACAGACUUCAGAAAAGAAGGUAUUGGACAAAGAGAAAACAGUUAUUCGGCCUAUUGCACCCACAUCAGUGAGAAUAACCCGAUCUACUACUCAAGCAGCAACCCAGAUUGUCAGAACAGUCUCAACUAACACUACAAGAAAGCCAGUCACAAGAGCCACUAAUGAUAAUGAACCUGAAAGAAAAGCACCAAAUAAAGGAAGACCUGUGAAAAAGAUAGAAACAAAACCUGACAAGGUUGUUUCUUUUAAACUUGAUAAUGAAGAAAAUACUUUGAAUUCACAAACCAGUGCAACAAAUGGAAUGGAUCCAGAUGGAAUCUUAUCAAAAAUGGAAAAUUUACCUAAGAAAAGUUCCGAAAAAAACAAAGGAAAGAAUUCCUUUGCACCUAAUGAUUUUAUGUUUCAUCCACUGGAUGGUUUGAAGACCUAUCAAGUAACAGUCAUGACUCCCACAAGUGCCAAUGCUUUCUUGACACCCAGUUAUACCUGGAACCCUUUAAAACCGGAGGGUGGUAAGACUCAAGAAGCAACAAAAGAAAUCUUGACCCCAAAAUGUAAAACUUACUCUACCAAGACAGUACAGCAAGAUUCAAGUAAAUUACUGUGUCCUUUAGGUUCUCUAACAGUUUUGAAUCAAGAACAUAGCUUAAAUCAAAAUGAAGCUACUACUAAAAGUUCAAGUGACCUUUCAAUAAAAGACGUUCCAGCGUUUGAAUUAAAUGAAGGUCAGAUGUCUCAGCCAACACAUGAUGUGCCAUAUUUCAGAAAUAUCCUACAGUCAGAAACUGAGAAAUUGACUUCAUACUGCCUUGAGUGGGACAGGAAGCUUGAAUUGGACAUUCCAGAUGAUGCUAAAGAUCUUAUUCGCACAGCAGUUGGUCAAACAAGACUCCUUAUUAAGGAAAGAUUCAAACAGUUCGAAGAACUGGUGAAUGAUUGUGAAUAUAAACGAGGUGAACUGAAGACUACCUGUGCAGAUCUGGAUGGAUUUUGGGAUAUGGUUAAUUUUCAGGUAGAAGAUGUAAACCGAAAAUUCAACAAUCUGACCAAACUGGAGGAGUCUGGAUGGCAAAACAAUAACAAUACAAAUAAAAGAGUCAUUCGGUACUCUCCUCUCCGUCUUUCUCAAAGACGUGGAACACCCAAGUCCAUCAGCAAACCCAUAUCUGAGAGCAAGGCUCAUGAGGACCUUCUAAGACAAACGCUACCACCAGAGAAUCCUGAUCCUCACAGCACCAAAAGUGAAUGUGUUGAUAAGAAAAUUUUGUUUUCAAAUAUUUCUGAAAGCAGGAAUAGCAUAAUAGAUGAUGCUCAGUGUCCUGGAUUACAAGGUUUAAUUGAAAUGAACCAUGGCGAAUAUGGAACUAACAAAAAGGAAGAAAUUGCAGACAUUGUGGAAAGAAUGGAACUAAAUUCUUCAGUUACCUCACAAGAUGUUUUGAUGACUAGCCCUGAAAAAAAUGUACUAUCACAAAAUAACAUCUUACAAGAAGAAGCUAAACCUUCUCAGUUAGUACUACUUGAUAAUAAAAGUGUCAUUACUGAAUGCCACCUUCUUGAUUCGCCAAGCCUAAACUUCAGUAAUCAGGUGGAGAGGAGACAUCAAGAACAUGCCAGACAUAUCUCCUUUGGUGGUAAUCUGAUUACCUUUUCACCUCUAAGGCCCCUCAGUGGAGAGCAACCAGAAGAAUUUUGAAUUAAAAAUAAAUCCAAACAUUUUCUUCAUAUUAUCAAUGCUGUGAAAUAUUCUUAGACAAUUGGAUGUUUGGAGAUGUAUUUGUGUUCACCUCUAUUCUAUCCACUUAUACAUUGUCACAUAAUGUUUUAAUAUUCAGUAUUCAUCUAAGUGUAUUUUGGAUAUACUAUUUCUCAGGGGAAGUGGGGAUGUUUUGUAUAUUAACCAC